CCAGUAAGUACAUUUCUUGGAAACCAAUCUAGUAACCCAAGCAAUGACACCACAGCACAUUAACCCACCUCCACCACUCAAGUUAAGGCACCCCAACCAACCCUACCGAGAAGAUUUGGUUACUCCAAUCUCAAGAAAACUACUACUCCUACUCCGUAAACCACCAGUCCUUGCCAAAAUCAUCGCCAUUUUGCCAAGCUGGGCAUGCUUCACAUGCACGCGCCGGGCGGCGCGCGCAGGACGCCAAACGGUGAAACGUAAAUACACGCAUCGAUCGAUCCAGGCCGCGCGCUCAAUGACUCCGCAAGCGGCAAGCGGGCGCAAGGAGUGUGCGGCACUCUCGGCGUCGCGGUCACGGGCGGCCUGUGCGCGCAUUGGCUCAUUCUUGGCGCCACCCGCCUUAAGAAAGCUCACCACCACCACCACGUACUACAAGCUGCUACACCGCUACCUAGCUAAUCUAGCUGUCUCGCCGUCCUGAUCCAUCCUCGAUUCAUUGGCGUUGGCGUUUGCUCGAACUCGAGCACGAGCGAGCUAGCUGCUAAUGGGGAUCUGUAUGUCAUCCGUGGCCGUGUGGAAGGAGAAGGUCGUCUACGCGGGGCGGCGGCGCGGCGAGGUUGCCGGCGCGGAGGACGUGGGAGGCGUUGGCGCUGGCGGCGGGUGUGGUGGCCCGUACGGGCUACUGGGAGUCGACGCUGACGCCGACGUGCUGGAGAUCGAGGAGGAAGCGGCGGAGAAGGUGGUGAAGUGCGGGGCGGAGGCGGAGGCGGCUUUGACGGUGGCGGCGGGUGGCACGCCGGCACGGCCGAUAUGGCAGAGGAAGGUGCUGAUGGGCGUCAAGUGCCAGCUGCCGCGGUUCAGCGGGAUGAUACUGUACGACGAGCGUGGCCGACCGGUGUGCAGCGGCGUCCGGGACAGGGCGCGCGACAAGGAAAAGCACGCGGCGGCGAUCAUGGUGCUGAGGGACAUGCUCUAGCCUCUUGGCCCCUAGCUCGCCGGCCGGCCGGCCGGCCACUCGCCGUCCCCGGUGGCGAUAGAUCUUCUUCAUCCCUCUGCUUUCCUGUUUCAGUUAACCGGUCGAUAUGUGUGUACAUCUUUUUGUUUCAUGGGUUGUCCAUUUGGCCGACUACGUCGUCUGUCUCAGUAGUGAUCAGUAGCUACUAGCCAGGAGCCCAGGAGUAUGUAUCGGGGAGGUAGUGAGGCACCGAGAGGCAAUAAAAGGGUUGUCUAUGCAUAUUGGUUGUUGGGAGUGUUCUUGGCAUCCUGCA